AUGGAAUCAACCGUAUUACAUAGCAAUAGUACAGAGGAAGUCACACUUGAUAGCAAUGGUAUGGAAGCAACCCCACUAGAUAGUAGCAUAGAAACAGAUCCGCUAGAUAGCAACAACAUAGAAGCAGACCCACUAGAUAGCAAUCUCAUAGUAAGAGACACACUCGAUAUCAGUCGCAUAGUAAGAGACACACUAGAUAGCAACAACAUAGAAGCAGACCCACUAGAUAGCAAUCUCAUAGUAAGAGACACACUCGAUAGCAGUCGCAUAGUAAGAGACACACUCGAUAGCAGUCGCAUAGUAAGAGACACACGAGAUAGCAAUCGCAUAGAUACAGACCCGUUAAAUAGCCACAACAUAGAAGCAGAUUCAUUAGAUAGUAAUAGCAUGGAACCAGACCCACUACAUAGCAAU